UAACAGUACACAGGCUUUGAGAGAGAUGUUGGACACAGUAGGUGGCAGCAGUCAGCAGGCCUUCCAGCGCUAAGCCCAGCACUUCUGAAGCUGUGUAGGAGAAAGGGAACAGGGGAGGAGGAGGUCUUUCCUCAGCCGUUCCUUUGAAUCACAUUACCGUCCCAUAUGGAGAUUUUCAGGUGUGUUUUAGCGUCCGUGUGUCUGACUACAUGACUCUUAAACCUGCCUGGGGGAGUUUUACCAGUCCCGCAGCGAAGGGGACUCCGGGCUUUAGCGAAGCGAGCUGGGCGACUCGGCUUUAGGAUGAGGCUCCACGAAAGAAGGUAGCUGACGUCCGUUACCGUCGGACACACUAACCCACCCCAAACCCCUCAGUUCGCCUCUUCAAUGCCCAGGCUUCGGGCUAAAGCCCGCUCAAACCGGCUGAAAAGGGAGCAGGAGUGAGUGGACGUGUAUCUACGGCCUGGGCGCCGCCGCCAUGGAGAGAGCCCCAGGCAGGGAGCCGAGCAGGGAGCUGUUCGAGGCCUGCAGGAGCGGAGACCUGGAGCGGGUCAAGAAGCUGCUUAACACCGCGAACGUGAACAGCAGGGAUACGGCGGGCAGGAGGUCCACCCCUCUCCAUUUCGCCGCCGGUUUUGGCCGCAGGGAUGUAGUGGAUUACCUCCUGGAGCAUGGGGCGGAUGUUUACGCCCGUGAUGAUGGAGGCCUUAUCUCUCUACACAACGCCUGCUCGUUUGGCCAUGCUGAGGUGGUCAGCCUGCUGUUGCACCAUGGCGCUGAUGCCAACUCCAGAGACAACUGGAACUACACUCCUCUCCAUGAGGCCGCUAUCAAGGGCAAAAUCGACGUCUGCAUCGUAUUGCUGCAGCAUGGGGCUAAACCAACGGUCCGCAACACAGACGGGAGGACAGCGCUGGACCUGGCCGAGCCUUCCACCAAGGCUGUGCUGACUGGGGAGUACAGAAAAGAUGAACUUCUGGAGAGUGCAAGGAGUGGAAACGAAGAGAAACUGAUGAGCCUUCUUACUCCUUUAAAUGUCAACUGUCAUGCCAGUGAUGGAAGAAAGUCGACCCCUCUGCAUCUGGCUGCUGGCUACAACCGGGUGAAAACAGUGCAGCUGUUGUUGGAGCAUGGAGCUGACGUCCAUGCUAAAGACAAAGGUGAUCUUGUGCCUCUCCAUAAUGCCUGCUCAUAUGGCCAUUAUGAAGUGACUGAACUGCUUGUGAAGCACGGUGCCUGUGUGAACGCGAUGGACCUGUGGCAGUUCACCCCACUGCAUGAAGCUGCAUCUAAAAACCGAGUGGAAGUGUGUUCUCUGCUGCUUAGCCACGGAGCAGACCCCACAUUCCUCAAUUGCCACAACAAGAGUGCUAUCGACUUGGCCCCCACCAUGCUGCUUAAAGAGCGCCUGGCCUAUGAGUUCAAAGGACAUGCUUUGCUGCAGGCAGCCCGCCAGGCGGAUCUCAUCCGCAUUAAAAAGCAUCUCUCUCUGGAAACCAUCAACUUCAGACACCCCCAUACCCAUGAGACAGCGCUGCAUUGUGCCUCAGCAUCGUCGUAUCCCAAGAGGAGGCAGGUUUGUGAGAUGCUGCUGAGGAAAGGAGCCAAUGUGAAUGAGAAGACAAAAGACCUCCUCACACCUUUGCACCUUGCCUCUGAAAAGUCCCAUAAUGAUGUCAUCGAGGUGUUACUGAAGCAUGAGGCUAAAGUGAAUGCAGUGGACAGUCAGGGUCAGACGCCACUACACCGGGCUGCUCGGUGUGGUCAACUGCAGACCUGCAGGCUUCUGAUCAGCGCUGGCUGUGACCCUCUUAUCACCUCCCUGCAGGGCUUCGCUCCUGCGCAGCUCGCUAAUGAGAGCAUCCAGCAGGUUCUACAGGAGGGUGCGCUGGUGGGGAACUCUGAUACAGACAGGCAACUGCUCGAGGCCUCCAAGUCAGGAGACCUGGAGACUGUAAAAAAACUCUGCACGCUGCAGAAUGUAAACUGCAGGGACGUGGAGGGCCGGCAGUCCACUCCGCUUCACUUUGCAGCCGGGUACAACCGUGUUUCUGUGGUAGAGUAUCUGCUGCAGCAUGGAGCUGACGUACAUGCUAAAGACAAAGGAGGCCUUGUGCCGUUACACAACGCCUGCUCUUAUGGCCACUAUGAGGUGGCUGAGCUAUUGGUCAUUCACGGUGCAGUGAUUAACGUGGCAGACCUGUGGAAGUUCACACCCUUGCACGAAGCAGCUGCCAAGGGCAAAUAUGAGAUCUGCAAACUGCUGCUUCAGCACGGCGCAGACCCCACUAAAAAGAACCGCGAUGGGAACACGCCACUGGACCUGGUAAAGGAGGGUGACAUGGACAUCCAGGACCUGCUGAGGGGUGAUGCUGCAUUGCUGGAUGCAGCUAAGAAAGGCUGCCUGGCCAGGGUCAAGAAGCUCUGCAGGCCGAACAACGUGAACUGCAGGGACUCGCAGGGACGCCACUCCACACCGCUACAUCUGGCAGCUGGUUAUAAUAACCUUGAGGUGGCAGAGUAUUUGCUGCAGCAUGGAGCAGAGGUGAACUCGCAGGACAAAGGAGGCCUCAUUCCCUUACAUAAUGCUGCCUCUUAUGGGCACGUGGACGUAGCCGCAUUGCUCAUCAAAUACAAGGCAUGCGUCAACGCCGUGGAUAAGUGGGCAUUCACGCCAUUGCAUGAAGCGGCCCAGAAAGGCAGGACACAGCUGUGUGCUCUGCUGCUGGCGCACGGGGCUGACCCCACGCUCUGCAACCAGGAAGGCCAGUCACCGCUGGACCUAGUCACGGCGGAUGAUGUCCGUGCCUUGCUGACUGCAGCCAUGCCGCCAUCAGCGUUACCAGCUUGUUACAAACCACAGGUCAUCAGUGUGUCCGCAUCUAGUGGCAUGGUGUCUUCCACCUUGUCCUCUAGCUCCAUACCCCACCCCUCUGGCUCCAGCCUGGACCCACAGGCUGGGGCCUUCCCUGAGGUGUUGGGUCCCUCUGGGGCUGAGGGGGCCAUAGGAGUAGAGAAGACUGAGGAAGGUGGGCCUGUGGAGUUGAGUAUCAGUCAAUUUCUUCAUAAGCUUGGCCUGGAGCAUCUUCUGGAGAUCUUUGACAGAGAACAGAUAUCUCUGGACGUCUUGGUCGAAAUGGGGCACAAAGAGCUGAAGGAGAUAGGCAUCAAUGCUUAUGGCCACAGGCACAAGAUCAUCAAAGGGGUGGAGAGGCUUGUUAGUGGGCCUCAGAGUUUGAACCCUUACCUGACUUUGAACACAGCCAACAGUGGAACUAUAUUGAUUGACUUGGCUUCGGAUGACAAGGAAUUUCAAUCUGUUGAAGAGGAGAUGCAAAGUACAAUAAGAGAACAUAGAGAUGGAGGCCACGCUGGUGGAGUUUUCAGCAGAUACAAUAUCCUGAAGAUUCAGAAGGUGUGCAAUAAGAAACUAUGGGAGAGAUACACCCAUCGCAGGAAAGAAGUGUCGGAGGAGAACCACAACCACUCCAAUGAACGAAUGCUGUUCCAUGGUUCACCAUUUGUAAAUGCCAUCAUUCACAAAGGCUUCGAUGAGAGGCAUGCCUACAUCGGAGGAAUGUUUGGAGCGGGGAUCUACUUUGCCGAGAACUCCUCAAAGAGUAACCAGUAUGUAUAUGGAAUAGGAGGAGGCACAGGAUGCCCUCUUCACAAGGACAGAUCGUGCUAUAUGUGUCAGAGACACCUGCUGUUCUGCCGCGUGACUCUGGGGAAAUCCUUCCUGCAGUUCAGUGCCAUGAAGAUGGCUCACUCGCCACCAGGUCACCACUCGGUCUCUGGCAGGCCCAGUGUUAACGGCCUUGCGCUGGCUGAGUACGUCAUCUACAGAGGAGAGCAGGCUUAUCCGGAAUAUUUGAUUACCUAUCAGAUCAUCAGACCUGAUGGGACUACAGAGUAACACCGGGACUCUUCACUUUGUGUGCGGAAAGAGACUGUUCUGCCUACUGCAUGCACAUACUCAUUCUCAUCAUAUGCUGUAUAAAAUGUUUUUGUUUCAUCUUUUCUUAAUACAUUUUAUAUUUAUUACCUUAAAGUUUACACCAUUUGUGGGUUUAUAAAUCUGUCUGUAGUAGCUGGUUAGCACUAGGCUUUCAUCCAGUCAGCCGCUGGUACUGUAAGUCACUAACUUUCAGGUUUCAGUUCAGAACACAUCCCGAAGGUGGCUUAUUUAUUUUACAAAGACAAUUGUGUAUAUGUAUUUUUUUGUACUAGCAUGUUAACUUAUUUAAAUUUGUAUAAUGAGAGUUAUAUGCUUGGGGGAUGACUUUACCAACGUGUAUGCCAUUUUCUCCCAGUUUGGCUGUUGUGAUACAUGCAGGUACUCUCGAAGGAGAUCCGGUGAAACGCUACUAGUCAUACACUGAAUAUUGUUACUCGGUGUGAGGAGAAAGCGUUAGGAUAGCAAGCCAAAUCCGCUCAGCAUCCAUUUCUUCCAAUCUAACGAUGACACUGUCUGUAAGGAGUGGUCAGUUUGGAUGUCUUUCACUUUUAAUGAUAAAAAAAAUGGAAACCCAUUUGACAACGAAAAUCUCAAGAUCAUGUAAAAAAAAUGUGAAGGAAAAGGCAAAAAUGUCAUAAAACAGAGCAGCCUGUGGCAGACAGUCAGAGUUAAGAGCAGCUGAGCGAGUAGUUAGAAAAGACAACCAGCCUUUCCACUUUUAUGCUGUUGUUGCAUAAUGUCUCUGGUGCGCUUAUCUGUUGUGCAUGAUGGUUCAUCGUAAUGUCAUGUUUGAGAUGUGUUUUUGCUUUGUGCUGCUUCAGAGCUACACAAGCAGAAAAAUAAGAAAUAAAGAGCUUUAUGAAUA